GGCUUCGGUUCUUAAAGGAGCGAGAGUCGGAAGUUUAAACGCUUGUCAUUUUGUUAUUCUCUGUGUUAAGCGAAUAUUGUCGACCAGCAUAGAAAGAAACAAGAAUGAUAUUGUUGACUUCGUUAUUGCUGCUGUUGGCAGUGCCAUCUUGUCAGAGUCUGUUGAAGACGCAGGCCAAGGAACAGCACGCUGGAGAGUAUGCGCUGAGACCGCUGAGUUUUACCCGGAACGGAACUUUUCAGGUUUCUAUUUUUGAGGAUCUUCACUUUGGAGAGAAUGCUUGGGAUACGUGGGGCCCUCAGCAGGAUAUCAAUUCAGUUGGCGUGAUCAACAAAAUCCUCGAUCGCGAGUCCCCUGGUCUUGUCGUCUUGAAUGGCGAUCUUAUCACUGGAGAGAACACAUUUCUCGAGAAUAGCACUGUAUACAUCGACCAGAUUGUCCAGCCUCUUGUUGAACGGCGCCUGACUUGGGCAUCGACAUAUGGCAACCAUGAUCACAACUUCAACAUAUCCGGCGAGGGAAUUCUGGAGCGAGAGCAGCGCUGGCCGAAUGCUCGCACCACCAACAUGGUUCCUGGACGAGAUGCCGGUGUUACCAACUACUACUUGCCAGUAUACGCGGCGGGAUGCAGCGAGAUAGAUUGCUCCCCCGAACUCUUGCUCUGGUUCUUUGAUAGUCGCGGCGGCUUCUACUUCCGAGAGCUCAAUCCAGACGGAACCCAGCGCGGCCAGCCGGACUGGGUUGAUACCAGCGUCGUGGACUGGUUUCAGCAGACUAACCAACGAUUCAUGUCAAAGUAUAGGCGGGUCAUACCAUCACUGGCUUUUGUGCACAUCCCCACAUACGCCUCACAGGCCCUGCAGGUAGAGAAUGGACGAAAUAGUGUUGACCAACACUACCAGCCGGGGAUCAAUGACGACUACCCCGUUGCUACUCAAGCACAAGGAUGGUGCCCUGAUGGGAGAGACGACGGGACAUGCGAAUAUGGCGGACAAGAUGUCCCUUUUAUGCAAGCCAUUACUUCCACACCCGGCUUGAUGGCUGUGUUCUCGGGCCAUGAUCACGGUGCCACUUGGUGUUAUAAAUGGGACCGUCUAGUUCCAGGAAUGACGGUUGAGGGUACAGGAGUCAACCUCUGCUUCGGACAGCAUUCCGGAUAUGGAGGAUAUGGCAACUGGAUUCGUGGGUCACGACAGGUCCAAGUUGACCUCAGGACUCUCCGCAGCGCCACCUGGGAGGCAGAGACGUGGAUUAGGCUGGAGAGCGGCGAUGUUGUGGGCUCUGUGUCACUGAACGCGACGUAUGGGAGUGACUGGUAUCCUGCCACCCCGGACAACAUGACGUAUUGUCCGACUUGUAACUACUCCAUUAUUACUCCGGGGCCAGGAUCAGGGGCCUUUCAGAAGAAGCUCAAUGUGCGCCGCCGGGGUUGAGUUGUUGAGUGCCGAGUGCCGAGUGUUGAGUGUUGGAACAGUACUUGGUUAAUGUCGAUUUUUGUUUAGCAUGUAUUGGGUAAUUGAGGGGUUUCUAAUGUUAUUGGGGUAGCAGCUUGAGUGAAUAUAAAUUCUUUGAACGCAUCUGGAAGAAGCCUUUGUUCUUUGAGGCUAGUGAGUGGAAGGGGGGAAUACUUUGUUUGAAGUGGAAUCCUUGAUUUCUUUGUAACAGAGGGUACUUUUUGUGCUUUUUCUUUAACAUGCAGAUAUAGACAUUGUUGUGAUACUUUUGUUAAACGUGC